GGAUCAAGUUGAGAUGGCCGAGUCAUAGCCGUCCAUAUUUACACUUUCAAAAACUGAAAUCUGAACGGUCCGGAUCAAAUAUCGCCUCACCAAAAUUUCCCCUGCCCGCGCUUUUCCCCAAACCCCUCCAUUUUCCACCGUACCCAAAAUUCGCAGAGAAGCCAAAGCAACCGCAGCAAUGGCUCAAGCCGCGCGGCUUAACCUCCGACUGCAGAAGGAGCUCAAGCUCCUCCUCACUGAUCCUCCGCCGGGCGCCUCUUUCCCUCUCCUCGCUUCCUCCUCCUCCCUCACCACCAUCGACGCCCAGAUCAAAGGUCCAGAAGGAACCGUGUACGCCGAAGGGUUCUUCAACAUUAAGAUUCAGAUACCCGAGAGGUACCCGUUUCAGCCUCCGAGUGUGACAUUUGCGACGCGAAUUUACCACCCGAAUAUCGACACCGGAGGCCGGAUUUGCCUCGACAUUCUCAAUCUUCCUCCGAAGGGGGCAUGGCAACCAUCAUUGAACAUUUCAACUGUGCUUACAAGCAUUGGGUUGUUAUUGAGUGAACCCAAUCCAGAUGAUGGCCUCAUGCGUGAAGCGAGUAGGGAAUUCAAAUACAACAGGCAAGCUUUCGACCAGAAAGCUCGAUCUAUGACUCAGAAAUAUGCCCAGUCUUCCGCUUCUGGGAGUGUUUGUGACUCUCAAUCUCAACCUCAAAGCAGUGCAAAUCCACUCACAGUGCUGCUGGAGGUUAAAGCUUCAAUCCAUGAGUCAAAACAUGAAGCAGAGGAGUCUGCUGUGAGUAGUCAUAAGAAGGUAAUUGGGGGUAGCAGGAAGCUGUCACUGGAGUCUUCAGGCCAAACCCAGAAAAGGGAUGUUUGCGGGAAAGGAAAUGAAGUGCCAAAAGUGCAACUCUUUGCCUCUGAUUUCGGAAACAAGAUGGAAGUCAAAGGAACAGAAAAGUUGCUGGAAGAUAAGUGCAGUCAGAGUCAGGAGAAGAUAUGUGGGAGCAGACGAAAACUAUCGCUAGAAGCCCUCAGCCAACCCGAGAAGAAAAGUGAUGGUAUGGAGAAUGUGGUGGCAAAUCACCGUUCAUCACUUAAACUGCAAAACCUUCCUGUGCCAUCUUCAGGAUCGGUUGCACUGCAAUCUGGCAACAGUUACAAGCAAGGACUUCAUCAGAGUCAAGAUAGUAAAUUGAUAGAUGACAACACAGGAGUGAGAUCAAAGAGGCUGCGUCAAUUCGAAAACAAGCAGUCAUUGGCUUCUUUAAACACAUCCCAAAUAUUUGAUGAAAACAACGAUAAAAAGUUCAUUACCCCUCAACUGCCGCCCUCAGUGUCCCAUUCCGAUGCGUUAUCGGAGCCUUUGUCAGCGGCACCAGCUCUUGACAGCAUCAACUCACAACCACAUAAAGAUUUGAUUGAUGGAAUGGGAAAUGGCUCCGUUGGUAUAAGUUGCAAGAAGCUUUGCUUAGCUGGCAAGAAGCUUUCGUUGGGAUCUAGAGGCUCAUCAGAGGCACAUGGAAAGGCUAACAAGGAGAAUGUGGCGCCAAAGUUGACUGAGAAUCAUACAGAAUGUGAGAUGGCUCAUUUGCAAGAGAACAACAAUAAUAACACGCUUCCGCAGCCCCGGAGUAUCUCUUCAUAUCCAUCCAAGGCCCUUCCUGAGCAACAACAGAAUUUGAAGCGGGAUGAGAAGCAACAGUCUGAUGAAGAUUACAAUUGUGGGAUUGCUGCAGGGAUUAAUAAGCAAAAGGAAGGGAAAAAAUUGGCAAUGUGUGAGGCUGAGGCAGUGAUUGUGUUGGAUAGUGAAAGUAGUGAUGAGGAAAGGAGUAGACCUGCGAUGACUCUAUCAGUGCUAGCAAGAAAGCGAAUGGGAAAGUGGAGAGUAAGAACUUGACAGUCUUUGGACUCCAAAUCAAUCAAGCCGUAUGUUUGUCCUUACCAAAUUUUGUGCUCUUACUUGCUACUCAGAAUGCUAAUUGUUCCAAUUCACCUGAAAACAGCUGGGCAUUUUACCCACAAACUUGGCAAACGUUCCCUUG